AUGUUAGCUAUCAAGGUGACCAAAGCCGAGAAGAAACAGACGACUCCGCUGGGGAGUCUAUUGGAUGAGUACAAACAGAUUACCAUCGGCAACGCUAAAACUGUCAAACGUAAUUCUGAGCUACGCGCAACUCAUUCUUCUAAAUGGCUUAACAUCCCAACAAAGAGUAAUGAUGAUAUUGCUAAAAUCAUCACCCCAGUUGAGCUGAUCAAGAAAGGAAAUAAAGUGGGUCCCUCUGAGGCUGCCCUCCUGACUAAACUUGGGAUAAAGCCAUUCUCAUAUGGGCUUACGAUUCUCUCUGUCUAUGACAAUGGAUCUGUCUUAAGCCCAGAGGUGCUCAACCUCACGGAGGAUGACCUCGUUGACAAGUUUGCAGUUGGUGUUUCUGUAGUUGCUUCGCUAUCCUUGACUCUCUCUUACCCAACUCUUGCAGCUACGCUUCACAUGUUCGUCAAUGCCUACAAGAACGUCCUUGUUGUUGUUGUUAUCUCUGUGGCAUCUGUUGAGAAUGCUGCUGCUCUUGCCUCUAAGGAAAAAGAGAAGAAUGACGAGCCUGUUAGCGAGUCUGACGAUGACUUGGGAUUUAGUUUGUUUGACUAA